ACUGGGGUCUUCCCAGGCACCCCACUCACACCUUGAUCACCUCCCGUGCUGACAGAGUUGGUCAGCAUCUGCCUAGGCAGUUGAUAAAUAGAACGAGACCUAGUUAAGACACCCCUAAUCCUCAGCUGGGUUCCUGCCAGCUCAAAUCCACCCUGUCUCCCCCUGCAUUUCCUCUGCCAGCUCCGCCCCCUCAGCCACUGGGACAGGAAACCCCAGCAGCAGCAGGAGAAGUGUCUGGUCUUGCCCUUUCCAGGCAGGGCCUAGGUUCUCAGGCUAAGGCCAGAGGGCGGAAGGGGACCUGGAAUGGGCCAUGCAAGGUCCUUCAAAUGCACAUCCAUGACCCCAGCAGUGGGUGCUGGCAUCUGGCCUUGCCCAUACUGCACAGAUGAGGGGACAGAGGCCUUGACAGUUGUGAGGAGACAGUUGGAAGGUCCCAGGGCCCUUCCUUUGCAACUCUCAGGGGUUACUGGGUGAAGGGAUGACUUGCCCCUCACUAUCUCAAUGGGGCCGCCCCCCUUCCAGGGCCUGAGGCUCAGCCAGCACCCAAUGGAGGACAAGAAGAAGAAAAGGAGUCCCAAGCCCUGCCUGACCCAGCCAGCCCAGGCCCCGGGCACACUACGCAGGGUCCCUGUGCCCACCAGCCACAGUGGCUCUUUGGCCCUGGGACUCCCUCAUCUGCCGUCCCCCAAGCAGCGGGCCAAGUUCAAGAGGGUAGGCAAGGAGAAAUGCCGCCCAGUGCUGGCCGGAGGUGGGGGCGGCUCUGCAGGCACCCCCCUGCAGCACUCUUUCCUGACCGAGGUGACCGACGUCUAUGAGAUGGAGGGGGGACUGCUGAACCUGCUCAAUGAUUUCCACUCCGGCCGGCUGCAGGCCUUCGGGAAGGAAUGCUCCUUCGAGCAGUUGGAGCACGUGCGGGAGAUGCAGGAGAAGCUGGCCCGGCUGCACUUCAGCCUGGACGUGUGUGGGGAGCAGGAGGAGGAGGAGGACGAUGAAGACGAUGGGGUCACUGAGGGGCUGCCUGAGGAGCAGAAGAAGACGAUGGCUGACCGCAACCUGGACCAGCUGCUUAGCAAUCUGGAAGAUCUUAGCAAUUCUAUACAGAAGUUGCAUCUGGCGGAGAACACCGAGCCUGAGGAGCAGUCAGCUGUGUAGAUGUCGGAUCCAGGCCCAGAUUGCCCCCUUUUAUUCCCUCCAAACUGUGACUUUUUACAGACUCGACUGGGUAUUCCGCGGCCCCCCAGGUGCUAUGGGGAGGGGGGCACUGGAUGGAAUUAAAUCGGAAAGAAAGAAAGCGGCUCAAAACAAUGAAAAUAAAAACAAAGAAAAAAACGAUAAAAAAAAAACGAAAACAGAAAGAAAGCGGCUCCGUGUCUUCCUUCGCCG